GCAGACUACACUAGAGAGAGUCAUAGUACACAGUACAUACGGGUGUGUGUGUGUCCCCAACAGCGCUAUUCUUACCACAAAACAGAGUAAAAAACAAAGUGAGAGUAAAAGUGUCGGCAGCCCCUCGAUCUCCACGCGCCGCCGUGAAAUGGCUGCUCCGAGGCGGCUGCUGCUGCCGCUGCUGACCAUUCUUUAUAACUUCCACUGCAUUUUCAUUUUCCUCGCUCUAGCCGGCCGCUCCGCCUCCGCGGUGGCGGACCUGCAUUGGCAUCCGGCGACGGCCACGUGGUACGGCAGCCCGGAGGGCGACGGAAGCGACGGCGGCGCGUGCGGGUACGGGUCGCUGGUGGACGUGAAGCCGUUCAGGGCGCGCGUCGGCGCCGUCAGUCCGGUGCUUUUCAAGGGCGGCGAAGGGUGCGGCGCGUGCUACAAGGUGAAGUGCGUGGACCAGUCGAUCUGCUCGCGACGGGCGGUGACGGUUAUUAUCACCGACGAGUGCCCCGGCGGCUACUGCUCCAAUGGCCGCACGCAUUUCGAUCUCAGCGGCGCCGCCUUCGGCCGGAUGGCCGUCGCCGGAAAUGGCGGCCAGCUACGCAACCGCGGCGAAAUUCCGGUGAUCUUUCGGAGGACACCUUGCAAAUAUCCGGGAAAAAAUAUAGCUUUUCAUGUUAACGAGGGCUCGACAAACUAUUGGCUAUCACUCUUAGUAGAAUACGAGGACGGGGACGGUGAUGUUGGAUCGAUGCACAUUCGAGAGGCGAAUUCGAACCAAUGGCUACAAAUGACACAUGUAUGGGGCGCGAAUUGGUGUAUCAUUGCCGGGCCUCUUCAAGGCCCGUUUUCGGUGAAGCUCACUACACUUUCAACCGGAAAGGCCCUCUCGGCCCGAGAUGUCAUUCCAAGAAAUUGGACGCCAUUAGCAACAUACACCUCUCGACUUAAUUUCUGAGCACAUUUUUCACACCAAUCGAAAUAGGUUAAGUCAACCCAUACCCUAAAGUUAGGGUAUAUGGUUGGUUGGUUGGUUCAAAGAAAAAAGUUGCAACCAUUAAUGGCCAAACUUUUUUCUAAUAUAUAUAUAUAUAUAUAUAUAUGUGAUAUAGGGUUGUUUGUUUGUGUUUAAUUUUUAGUGCGUGAAGGAAGGUUGAUGACAUGUAGCCCUCUCCAAAGGGAGAGAGUGCGUUGUUCCCUUAUUAGUGGCAAUAUGUAUUUUAUAGCAUAUAAUAAUUGUUGUGUUUGGUGGGAAGUUUAGGUAUAAUUUGUAAUAUAUAUAUAUAUAUAUAUAUGACAUUUUAAAUAUAAAUAAAUGUUAUAUAUAGGUUGAAUGUCA